ACUCUCUCUCCUCGCCUUCAAAGGUCUCUCUUCUCUGAUCCACCAUCAGCCCCACCUCCAUCAUCACACCCUUUCGCUGCCGCCGCCGUCGCCGUCAUCAUCACCGUAGCUCCAGCGAAUCUAAACCCACCACUUUUCCGGAUUCCAAUCCAUAUCAUCAAAGCUCGAAACUUUACUUUUGCAACACCUUUCCCAGGUCCCAAAGUUGAAAAGGGGAAAAACUCAUUUCUUUUUUUUUUUUUUUUUGCUUACCCUGAAGAAAUUGGGAAAGAAAGAUUUGAGCUUUGAUCGUCGGGGUAUUGGGUUUUAUCGGAUCACAGUGAUGGAGCCGCCGGAGCGUAACAGAACCAGUGAGAACGCGAGUAUGCGAUUUGAAGACGCCGAGAAGAUUAUCUUGCGGUGGAACAGUACUGCGUCGGAGGAUGCCAGGGAGAAGAUGAUCUUCGAAACGGAUAGGCAAGAGGCCGACCUUUACCUGCAAGCUGUGGAUGAAAUCCAACGGUCUUUGUCCAACGCAUCUCUCUCCGACGAUCAGUCAAAGGCGACCACCAUCCAGAUCGCCAUGGCUCGGCUCGAAGAUGAGUUCCGGAACAUCCUCAUCAUGCACACUGCUGCCGUCGAGACUGAAUCCCUAACCGGUUCCACCCACUCUCGCCGCAGUUCAACAAGUUCGAAUUUUGAGCUUGAAGAGGAGCUCAUCCUGAACACGGAGAAGCUUCGAGAACUCCAACACUGCGAGUCGUCGGAUAGUUCCAGCUACCGAUCCACCAGUAGCAUUCGCGAGAUGGAUCUGAUACCACCGGAAGCGAUUUCCGAUUUGCAAGCCAUUGCUAUGCGGAUGAUUUCCGCUGGUUACUUGCAAGAGUGCAUUCAGGUGUAUGGUAGCGUGAGGAAAUCAGCCGUUGACUCCAGCUUCCGCAAGCUAGGGAUUGAGAAGUUGAGUAUCGGGGACAUCCAGCGGCUUGAGUGGGAUGCUCUCGAAGGCAAGAUUCGGCGCUGGAUUCGCGCAGCCAAGGUCUGUGUUCGGAUUCUCUUCGCUAGCGAGAAGAAACUCUGCGAACAAAUCUUUGAAGUCGCCGAGACGAAUAUCGAUGACGCCUGUUUCAUGGAAACGGUCAAAGGUCCUGCAAUUCAGCUGUUCAAUUUCGCGGAGGCGAUAAGUAUUUCCCGAAGGUCGCCGGAGAAACUCUUUAAGAUUUUGGAUUUGCAUGAUGCUUGGGUGGAUUUAUUACCGGACAUCGAGGCUGUUUUCGAUUCGAAAUCUUCCGAUUCAAUUCGGGUGCAGGCUGCCGAGAUUCUGUCCCGAUUGGCCGAGGCAGCAAGAGGGACAGUGUCGGAAUUUGAAAACGCGAUUCUCAGAGAAUCGUCCGGCCCUGUUCCCGUCGGGACAAUUCACCCUUUAACAAGGUACGUCAUGAACUACAUCAGUUUGAUAUCUGACUAUAAGCAGACUUUGAUUGAGCUAAUAAUGUCCAAACCCUCAACCGGGUCAAGGUAUUCCGGCGACCCCUCGACGCCGGAUAUGGACUUGGCAGAAUUGGAGGGGAAAACCCCAUUAGCCCUUCAUUUGAUUUGGAUUAUUGUGAUAUUGGAAUUCAACUUAGAAGGAAAAUCCAAGCGAUACAAAGAUACAUCUUUGGCACAUUUGUUUAUCAUGAACAAUGUUCAUUACAUAGUUCAGAAAGUCAAGGGCUCGCCAGAGUUGAGGGGAAUGAUUGGGGAUGAUUACUUGAGGAAGUUGACUGGGAAAGUCCGGCAGGCAGCAACUAGUUACCAGAGGGCAACUUGGGUGAAGGUGCUGUAUUGCUUGAGAGAUGAAGGAUUACAUGUUAGUGGGGGAUUUUAUUCCGGGGUGUCCAAGAGUGCAUUGAGAGAAAGGUUUAAGUCCUUCAAUGCAAUGUUUGAAGAGGUGCAUAGGACUGAAGCUGUAUGGAUAGUCCCCGAUGCUCAGCUCCGGGAGGAGUUAAGGAUAUCCAUAUCAGAGAAGUUGAUCCCUGCUUACAGGUCAUUUCUAGGGCGGUUCAGGGGCCAUAUAGAGAGCGGAAAGCACCCGGAGAAUUACAUCAAGUACUCAGUGGAAGACUUGGAGACUGCUGUAUUGGAUUUCUUUGAGGGAUAUCCUGUAUCCCAGAAUUUGAGGAGGAGGUCUCAGUGAAAGGAAUAAAGAAACAAGUUUUUAGCCAAAGUUAGAAAACUAGGAGACAUUCUUUCAAUUUUUUGUAGGGUGUUUGGGCAAUGGUGGUGCUGUUGAAUCCGAGCUUGCCCUGAGCUCUCUCCAUCCAGGCCCCCAUAGCCUGAAUGCUUUCUGCACUGUAUGCAUUGUGUCUGUUUUUGGUUCUGCAUUCUAGAUUUUGUUCCAUUUGUUCAUAUUGUUAUUGCUGUAUGUUUUAUGUUGUGUUCUCUAUUGUUAAUGAAAUGAGGAAGCAAAUUUUUUUUUUCCCAUUUCCAACUCCUUCUCCAAGUUUAAUACUGUUUUUUCCUAUUUUGAAGUGGUUUGCACAUUUUUGGUCCCUUGAGAAUUUUUUGCACUUUUUUGAUCCCUCAACUAUACGAAAUGCACUCCGUUAGUCCUUCUGUUAAUUUGGACCGUUAACUCCGCUUAUGUGGCAUUUUUUAUAUUUUUUUUGAUGAUGUGGAGAGCAAAGUGAUGAUGUGGAGAGCAAAGUGAUGAUGUGGAGAGCAAAGUGAUGAUAUGGACAAAUAUUUUGACAUUUUAUAUUACCCUCAUGCCAAAUCAUA